AUGGUGCUUGCAGAGCUCGGGCAGCAGAUUUCAGGUGCUCUUAGGAACCUCCAGAGCGCCACAAUUGUUGAUGAGGCCGUGGUAAAUGAUUGCGUAAAGACCGUCUGCAGGGCGCUGCUGCUGGCAGACGUGCAGCUGCGGGUUGUGCAGGAGUUUAAGCGGAAGGUGACGCAGCAGAUCAACACGCAAAUUCGGCAGCAGAGCAGCAACAGCAGCAGCAGCAGCAGCAGCAGCAGCAGCAGCAGCAAGAAGAAGGGAGCAGCACCUGCAGGUGGCUCAAAGGGCUUCGAUGCUGCUAGCGGUGCAGCCGUCAGUGCGGGGCCUCAGGGAGAUGUGAUGGCUGAGGUGUAUAUACAGGCAGCAGCAGCGGGAGUCAACACCAGACGCAUCAUACAGAAGUGUGUAGUAAACGAGUUGGUGGGUUUAUUAACCCCUCAGAAGACAGCGCGGCCUUUGAAGCGCGGCUCGUCGAACGUGGUGAUGUUCGUCGGGCUUCAGGGCUCUGGGAAGACUACAACCUGCACAAAAUAUGCAUUAUACUAUCAACGCAAAGGCUGGCGUACUGCUUUAGUUUGCGCUGACACUUUUCGUGCUGGGGCCUUCGACCAACUGAAGCAAAAUGCAACCAAAGCGAGGAUCCCCUUCUUUGGAAGCUACACGGAGGCGGAUCCGGUGAAGAUAGCGGAAGAGGGAGUGCAGCAGUUUAGAGAUGAGCGUUACGACCUGAUUGUCGUAGACACCUCAGGCAGACACAGACAAGAAGCUGCAUUGUUUGAAGAAAUGCAGCAAGUUGCAGAUGCUGUGAACCCUGACGAUAUCGUCUUUGUUGUAGAUUCGCACAUAGGGCAAGCUUGCUAUGAUCAGGCUGCAGCAUUUGCUGCUAGCGUCUCUGUAGGAAGUGUAAUAAUAACAAAGUUAGAUGGGCAUGCAAAGGGAGGCGGAGCUCUUUCUGCCGUGGCUGCAACUGGAGCCCCAAUUAUAUUUUUAGGUAGUGGCGAACAUUUUGAUGAUUUUGACCCCUUUGAUGCGAAUUCUUUCGUCUCCCGUCUUCUAGGGCUAGGAGACAUGGGUGGUCUUGUAAACACUUUAAAAGAAGUAAUAUCUGCAGAGAAACAGCAAGAGAUGAUUGAGCGAAUUUCAAAGGGUAAAUUUACUCUUCAAGAUAUGUACGACCAGUUUCAGAAUGUACUCAAAAUGGGGCCUAUCAGUAAAGUGAUGAGUAUGAUUCCGGGGUUGGGUUCGAAUUUGCUGCCAAAAGGAGAAGAGCGACUCGCAACUCUUCGAGUGAAGCGCCUGACGUGUGCUAUGGAUUCUAUGACUAAGGCUGAGUUAGCUUGCGAGAAGCCCUUCACCGACUCUCGCAUUUUGCGUGUAGCCCAGGGGUCUGGGGUUUCGGUGGAAGAGGUUCGCUUGCUGCUGGAGCAGCACAAACAGUUUAGCAAGAUGGUGAACAAGAUGGGCAGGGUAGGUUUGACGAAAGAAACAACUCUGCAAAAUUUAGCGAGAAACCCUCAGCAAAUUUUAAACAAAAUGCAGGCGGCGAUCGAUCCCCGCAUUUUAAAACAAAUGGGAGGCGCAGGCAAUAUCAUGAACAUCUUCAAAGAGCUGCAGUCUGGCGACGCGGGGGAUAUGCAGGAAAUGAUGAGAGCCUUUGCGGGCCUUGGCGGCAGGUAA